UGGUGUGUUGGUGUCCUUGCAGGUUCCUUGUUCCAGCGGCUCGUUGCUCUACGUGUGGUGCACCCUGAUCACCAUGGAAACGGACUCUCACAUGCAGCAGAGAGUGGUUGUAUUUAGUCCUCUGUUCAUGAUGCGUAGCCACCUUCCAGACCCUGUCAUCAUCCACACAGAGAAGAGAAGUCUGGGGCUGAGAGAGAGUCAGCUGAUCCAGGGACAGGGUCACCAGGAACAACUACUGAACACUGAGAAUGACCUGACACACCACCUCACCUUCCAGGCCAGUGAGGACGAGGAUGCGUCUCACUGUGCGGUGCCCAUCUCCACCGGUGUGAUCAAACAGAUAGUGAACAGGAACCAGGCUGCGUUGGAGGACAGCCAGGACCACAUACUGGCAGACUUCUACGGUCUGAGGAACAACAGCCAGCCUCCAUGGCCCUACGUCAGCAAGGACACAGACAGGCCUGGAUCAGAGGUCCUAGCCCAGUGGGACAGCCCCAUGCAGGUGAAGUUGUCAGCUUGGAAGCCUGGUCUCAACACUCUUCUAGUAGAGCUCAUUCCCUGGGCCCUGUUGACCAACCACUCUACAUGGGACCUCUGGCUGUUUGAAGGAGAGACCAUCGUCCUGCAGAUACCCGCUGGAAAGACCCUCGUUCCUCCUAACUUCAAGGAGGCGUUUCAGCUGGGUAUCUACUGGUCCGACACUAACACGGUCCAUAAGUCUACAGCCCUGAAGCUGGUCCAUGACCUGACGUCUCCGCGCUGGAAGGAGGGUGUCAGUCCUGAGGUCCUCACCCUGGACGAGGAGGGCUAUGUGGAGGCAGAGAUCCCCCUAGGGAGGAACCCUGGGAGACAGAAGGUUUGUCAGUUCUGCGUGUCGUCUGUGGUGAGACACGGCAUCCAGAUUAUCCAGAUAGAAGACGGGACCAUCCUGGUUAACCACACCCCCUACUUCCUGUCAUAUAGAGCCCUACUGUCUGACCAGGCCCUGGGGACCACAGACCAGGUAACACCCCCUACUUCCUGUCAUAUAGAGCCCUACUGUCUGACCAGGCCCUGGGGACCACAGACCAGGUAACACCCCCUACUUCCUGUCAUAUAGAGCCCUACUGUCUGACCAGGCCCUGGGGACCACAGACCAGGUAACACCCCCUACUUCCUGUCAUAUAGAGCCCUACUGUCUGACCAGGCCCUGGGGACCACAGACCAGGUAACACCCCCUACUUCCUGUCAUAUAGAGCCCUACUGUCUGACCAGGCCCUGGGGACCACAGACCAGGUAACACCCCCUACUUCCUGUCAUAUAGAGCCCUACUGUCUGACCAGGCCCUGGGGACCACAGACCAGGUAACACCCCCUACUUCCUGUCAUAUAGAGCCCUACUGUCUGACCAGGCCCUGGGGACCACAGACCAGG